AUGAGCUGCCUGAGGUGGCUUGAUUUAGACAGGACCAGCAUUAAAGAAUUGCCUGAAAACAUUGGUAAUUUAGUAGCUCUCGAGGUGCUUCAAGCCAGAAGAACAGCUAUAAGACAAGCACCAUGGUCUAUCGCCCGACUUACCCGUCUUCAAGUUUUAGCUAUUGGGACUAGCAUCUAUACUCCAGAAGGUAUUCAUUCUCCGUGUCCUCACUUAUCAAGGUUUGAUGACUUGAGAGCUCUGUGCCUAAGCAACAUGAACAUGAUCGAGAUCCCUAACAGUAUUGGUAACUUAUGGAGUCUAUCAGAACUAGAUUUGAGCGGUAACAAUUUUGAAUUCAUCCCAGCGAGCAUCAAACGUCUCACCAGGUUGAACAGACUGGAUUUGAACAAUUGCCAGAGACUUCAAGCAUUGCCCGAUGAGCUUCCACGGAGUCUCUUGUACAUCUACACCCAUGGCUGCACAUCCCUAGUGAGUAUCUCAGGCUGCUUCAAGCAUCGUUGUCUGCGCAAGCUUGUAGCUAGUAACUGUUACAAACUGGAUCAAGAGGCUCAGAUUCUCAUUCACCGUAAUAUGCAGCUUGACUCAGCAAAACCAGAACACUCUUAUUUUCCUGGAAGAGAUGUGCCGGCUUGCUUCAAUCACCAAGCUUUCGUUGAGGAUACACUUCCCUCAGAGUGA